AUGUCUGUUAAAUCCCAAGAUUCCAGGGAAUAUCCCCCGCUAAUAACAUCUCCACUUUCAACGUCUCAAUUCACAUACAAGAACUUACGCGACUUGAACAAUCCCAAAACCGCGUAUCUACUGCCCUUAUCAGCGAUUGCUCUAGUUGAUCUUAAUGCAUUUUUCGCCCAAGUGGAGACAAUUCGUUUAGGACUUACUGAAGAAGAUCCAGUGGUGUGCCAGCAAUGGAGGUCGAUUAUUGCUGUAAGCUACGCGGCGCGUAAAUUUGGAAUCAGUAGAAUGGAUACAGUGGAGUCGGCAAAAGAGAAAUGUCCCAAUCUAGUAUGUGCCCAUGCCGGCGUAUACAAGAAGGGAGACAAGCAUUGGACAUAUGAGGAAGGUCUGCCUGAUCCUGCCAAUCAUAAAGUUAGCUUGGACAAUUAUCGGCGUGAAAGUCGCAAAAUUUUAAGAAUUAUCCAGAGUCAGUUUGACUUGGUGGAAAAGGCAAGUGUGGAUGAAAGUUAUAUCGACUUGGGGCGACCUAUUUAUGAAUUACUUUUGCAGAAGUUCCCCAAUAAAUUGGAAUCACACAUUUUGGAAGCCAGUGAUGAUAAAGUUCUACCGAGUAUUCCUGAAAGUCUUCCACAGGAUAUACAAUGGCAUGGAACAAUCAUGAAAUCAGAAAAAGAAGUAGCCGAUCCACAGGAUGCUCAAUCACCACAAAUUUUUGAUUGGGAUGAUGUUGUUCUUGCUAUAGGUUCGAAGUUGUUGUUGGAUCUUCGACAAGCCAUUUAUGAUGAAUUGGGAUAUACAACAUCGGCAGGUCUAGCAAGAAACAAAUUGGUGGCAAAAUUGAGCGGUGGAUUCAAGAAACCUGAUGACCAAACAAUUGUCAGAAACUGUGCUUUGAACCGGUUUUUGAACUAUUUUGAAUUGACCGAUGUUACUGGUAUGGGUGGGAAAUUGGGUGAACAAUUGAUAAACAGGCUUGAAGUACCACCCGAUAGGAACUCCAUCGCCUUUAUUAGGGAAAACUAUAGUUUAAGCUCGAUGAAUGAGGAAAUCAAAGAGGAUGCUGAGUUAGCAUUGAAGUUGUACAAGAUUGUUCGAGGCUUAUAUCCAUCGGAAUUGACAAACAAAGUUGAAAUCAAGUCAAUGAUGUCAACAAAAAACUUUCUUGGCACCAAGGGCUGGUCAUUGGCUGAUGCAUACGACUGGCUAACUGUAUUCUCUGGUGAUUUGAGCAACCGAUUAACCGAUUUAGACAACGAAUCGAUGGAAUUGUCAUUAACAAAAAUGUCCAACAAGGAAAAGGGGGUGAUACGAAGACCCAAAACUAUCACAAUUGGCGUAAGAUCAGCUUCGUUUGUACGACAAACUAGACAAAUGCCCAUUCUGUUUCAUAAGGACAUUGGUAAAAUGAGAGAGUCGAUCAAGAACUGCGGAUUUCAAUUGCUUCGCGAUUACUUGGAACACAACUCCAAUAUAAGUUUGCUUAAUAGGGGUAAAACUCCGCGCGAAUUGUACACUAGUGAUCCCAAACUGGUAAAACUCAUGGACAUGCAUAACAUGUCCUUAACUAUAUCCAAUUUCGUUGCGCUAAACGAUUCGGCAAUGAUUGAAUCUUUUGCAAAGAAAAGGGGUAAAUCUCAAUCAGAUAAAGAGUUAAUGGAGAUUAACGCAUCAUCCAAGAAAAGCAAAAUUGAGAGAAAUACUAGCGCUGUUAUCAAGAAGUCAAAUCCGAUAUCAUUGGAACAAAAGGAAACCAUCUCAAAGUUAUUCCAAGAGUAUGAACGAGGCAACAACACAGUCAAUAAAGUGAAAUCAAAGUCACGUAAAAGCGUUAGUCCACCGCUCAAUCAACCUGCCAAUAGAGAUAUUUUCCAGACAUUGCAACAAAAACCUGUUAAUUUACUCGACUCCUUGUUACGAGACAUGUACUGUCCGCAUUGCAAGAUUUCAAUUCAGGACCCGGUAGAACAUAAUGAUUUUCAUAUUGCUUUGAAUUUGUCAGAAAAAUGGAAUAGCUGA